CAGGCAGCGAGUGCCUGUGUGACCGGGAGCUGGAGCGAGAGGAAGCCUUGAAACUUAAACUCCUCCUGCAGCUCUGCAUCUGCUCUGAGUCACUGGUAUGACUCACACUGACAGUGUUCACGUUAGCUAGCGUUCAGAUGGAGCAGCUCUGGCAACAGAAGAAGCAGGUUUUAUUAUUGAUUACCUGCUGCAGCAGACAGUUGCACCAAGAUUCAUUUUUACGAGCACAGAUGAAACAGAGGAGGCUCUACUGAGCAUCACUAUAAUUAUUAGCAUUGCUUUCUUAAGAACUGGAUACACAUGCUGAAUUUCGUUUGUGAAAGGUGGAAUAAGAGCCUGGGCACCUGACUGUGGCAUCAGUGCUGAAUGCCUGAAACUGGAUGGUGCUACAGCCUCAGCUUAGGAAGUAAUGCAACUUUUCCUAUGAAGAGGGAGUUCAGCAAUGGAAGAUUUUGAAGGAGAAAGGCCUAUAUGAGGAUGUGGAUUUAACUGAUACUAUGAUAUACAAAAUCCCUCCCCACAUAAGGAAAAGAGCCCUCUCACGGUAAUGUUAGAAGAAUAGCAGUUGGAGACAACCUGCUGCACUUUGCUUCUCUGUGAGACAACCAUCAGUAAAGCCAAGCAGCAAGAAAAGAAGGGCUCUUCAUGAGAAAAUGACAGCAAGAGAACACAGCCCCCGCCAUGGUGCCAAAUCCCGCACUGUGCAGAGGGCCUCCACCAUUGACGUCACCUCUGACAUGGUUGGCCUUUCUCUAACAGGAAACAUUCAGGAUCCAGAUGAGCCUAUUUUAGAGUUCAGUUUAGCUUGCAGCGAGCUGCUAACUCCAUCGCUAGAUCGAAAACCAAAUAGUUUUGUAGCAGUGAGUGUAACUACGCCUCCCCAGGCAUUCUGGACGAAGCAUGCACAGACAGAAAUUAUUGAGGGAACAAGCAAUCCUAUCUUUCUAAGCAGCAUUGCCUUUUUCCAAGACUCUCUUAUCAAUCAAAUGACACAAAUCAAACUCUCCGUGUAUGACGUCAAAGAUAGAUCUCAGGGAACAAUGUAUUUGUUGGGUUCUGGGACAUUCACUGUAAAGGAUCUUCUUCAGGAGAAGUAUCACAGGUUGCACAUAACACUAAGGUCAGCUGAAAGUGACCGUGUUGGUAACAUCACAGUUAUUGGAUGGCAGAUGGAGGAAAAAUCUGACCAAAGGCCUCCAGUGACAAGGUCACCUGAUACAAUUAAUGGAAGAACUGUGUUGCCAGUUGAUGAAAGUUUAACAGAAUCCUUAGGAAUCAGAUCCAAAUAUGCUUCAUUGAGGAAGGAUGCACUGCUGAAAUCUGUGUUUGGUGGUGCCAUUUGCCGAAUGUAUCGUUUCCCAACCACUGAUGGAAACCACUUGAGAAUCUUGGAGCAGAUGGCAGAGAGCAUCCUGUCACUGCACAUCCCUAGACAAUUUGUGAAGCUGCUUCUAGAGGAAGAUGCAGCAAGGGUUUGUGAACUAGAAGAACUGGGAGAGCUGUCUCCUUGUUGGGAAAGCCUUCGUCGACAAAUAGUUACACAGUACCAAACAAUUAUUUUAACUUACCAGGAAAAUCUGACUGACCUGCACCAGUAUAAAGGUCCUUCAUUUAAAGCCAGUAGCUUGAAAGCUGAUAAAAAACUGGAGUUUGUUCCUACAAAUUUACAUAUACAGAGGAUGAGAGUCCAGGAUGAUGGAGGAUCAGAUCAGAACUACGACAUAGUCACCAUAGGAGCACCAGCAGCUCAUUGUCAAGGCUUUAAAUCAGGUGGCUUGCGGAAAAAGCUGCAUAAAUUUGAAGAGGCAAAGAAACACAGUUAUGAGGAGUGUUGCACUUCAACAGGUUCCCAGUCUAUAAUAUACAUCCCACAGGACAUUGUUAGAGCAAAGGAAAUUAUUGCACAAAUCAACACCCUGAAAACACAAGUCAGUUACUAUGCAGAAAGGCUCUCUAGAGCUGCCAAGGAUAGAUCAGCUAAUGGCCUUGAAAGAACACUUGCCAUCCUAGCAGAUAAGACCCGGCAACUUGUCACAGUUUGUGACUGCAAGCUAUUGGCAAAUUCAAUACAUGGACUGAAUGCUGCAAGGCCAGAUUAUAUAGCUUCAAAAGCAUCUCCAACCUCUGGAGAAGGGGAACAAGUGAUGCUAAGGAAUGAUCAAGAUACACUUGUGGCCAGAUGGACAGGAAGAAAUAGCCGAUCUUCUCUGCAGGUGGACUGGCAUGAAGAGGAAUGGGAGAAAGUUUGGUUGAAUGUUGACAAAAGUCUAGAGUGUAUCAUACAGCGAGUGGACAAACUUCUCCAGAAGGAGCGCCUGCAGAGUGACAGCUGUGAAGAUGUUUUCCAGUGUGACGUCAGCAGCACUAGUAAGAAAGAUUGCAGCCCUACUCCAGAAGAAUCCGCCCCAGGUGAAUGGAGUGAAGCUCUUUAUCCCUUGCUGACCACACUCACUGACUGCGUAGCCAUGAUGAGUGACAAGGCCAAGAAAGCCAUGGUGUUUUUAUUAAUGCAGGACAGUGCCCCGACAAUAGGGCUCUGCCUGAGCCUUCAGUAUCGCAGGGAUGUUGUCUUCUGCCAGACUCUGACAGCUCUCAUUUGUGGUUUCAUUAUCAAGCUGAGGAACUGUCUGCAUGAUGAUGGAUUUCUAAGACAACUCUACACCAUUGGCUUGCUGGCACAGUUUGAGAGCCUGCUAAGCACUUAUGGUGAAGAGCUGGCGAUGCUGGAGGACAUGAGUUUGGGAAUCAUGGACUUGAGGAAUGUAACCUUUAAAGUAACUCAGGCUACAUCAAAUACAUCUACUGACAUGCUGCCAGUCAUCACUGGAAAUCGUGAUGGAUUUAAUGUGAGGAUCCCUCUGCCAAGCGCCUUGUUUGAUUUGUUGCCUCGUGAGAUUCAAAGUGGAAUGUUACUGAGGGUUCAGCCUGUUCUUUUCAACGUGGGAAUCAAUGAGCAGCAAACCCUAGCAGAGAAGUUUGGAGACACCUCACUGCAAGAGAUAAUUAACAUGGAAAGCUUAGUGAGGUUGAAUUCAUAUUUUGAGCAGUUCAAGGAAGUUUUGCCUGAUGAUUGUCUACCUCGAUCUCGUAGUCAGACGUGCCUGCCUGAACUGUUAAGAUUUCUGGGACAAAAUGUUCAUGCAAGGAAAAACAAGAAUGUUGAUAUCCUUUGGCAAGCUGCUGAGAUAUGCCGCAGACUUAAUGGUGUUCGAUUUACGAGCUGUAAAAGUGCCAAGGAUAGGACUGCCAUGUCCAUCACCCUGGAGCAGUGUUUGAUCCUACAGCAUGAACAUGGAAUGGCUCCACAGGUCUUCACUCAGGCUCUGGAGUGUAUGAGGAGUGAGGGUUGUCGCCGAGAAAAUACAAUGAAGAAUGUUGGAUGUCGCAAGUAUGCAUUUAAUUCCCUGCAACUGAAGGCUUUCCCAAAGUAUUACAGGCCUCCAGAAGGAACUUAUGGAAAAGUUGAAACAUAAGCAUACUAUGUCCUUUAAUUGCUGUUCCAUUAAAACAUGUGGAUACACUCUAGAUUGACACAUGAUUUCGUCAUCCAGAAGAGAUAAAUAACCUUUUUGUAUGUUUUGUUAGGUCAUACAGAGCAUGUUACUGAAUUGGAAUCUAUAGUAACAAUUAUUCUGACACCUUAGCUUGAGAAUAGUGUGAUGACUCUCUGCCCGUUUCAAUAGCCUUCAGUGUAUGUAAGAUGAGCAGAUACUGUGCUACUUAAUAAUUACCUAUAUGCAAAUAGCUAGGUACCUCCUGGAUGGGCAAGGACUCUAGGAACAGCAUUUAGGCAGCUGUUUCCAUAACAUCUUUUUAUACUGAGUCGAUUUCAGAUUGAGCUUUUCCUAAACUUUUUAAAACUGAGAGUAAAACUGAAAAGUUGUAAAUAAAAAGGAUCCUAGACAGUUAAAUAACUGAAGAACACAUAGUUACAAUCAAUAAAAGGGAGUUUCAUUUAAAAAAAAAAUCAGCACAAUAAGAGCCAGGAGAAAAAAUUGUUUUACUGUAUAUAGGAUGCCACCUUCAUGUAUGAAAUUUACCAUAUAUAAAAGGCCAGACAUGUGAGAUCUAAUUUAUAAUUCUGUUAAAAUAAAACAAAUUCUUGUCAUCUUUGGCAGAGAAGGCCUUGGGCAUACAACUGAUUUUUAAAAGUAUUUCAGAAAUGUCAUGAUGCUUAACUAUUAAUGCCAGCAACAGUUCCCCAUGCCCUUCCCCACUCAAAGGCAAGUGCAACAAGCAAGUUGCUGAUGUUGCACGUGACUUGUUCAGUAUAUUCCAUGGUGUUGUACAUUAAUUAACACAUUUUUACCCAUGGUUUUUUUAUAUCACUUCUGGAUUGUAAGCAUCAGUAUCUCGGGGUGCUACAUUAUUUUGGUCAGUGUAUGAUUUUUCUGUAUCGGUUUUGUAUGUCAUUACCAAAAUGCUUAAAGUGCACAAUGCAUCCCCCUUGCUUCAAAAUCAAAAAUCAUCCCCUCCUUGCUUCAAAA